AUGGAUAUCGAAAUAUUUACGCGCAGAAAUCUCAAAAUCUACAACAUACCUAAAAUUUAGGAGGGCUAUAUACCAAAGUGUGCACUAUUUUUAAAUAAAAACCAUCACGAGAAAGCAAUGAGAAGAACCACUGAAUUUGAAGGAAAUACUCCUCGUUUUUACAACCCUCAUCCCAAUAAGCAAACAUCAGUAUGA